AUGUCAAGGGACAGCCUUCUAAUAGGCGCAUCCAUGGCUCUGCUCGUCGUGCUUUCCCUCGUCGCCUUUUUCUGCUCCAACCGACGGCGAGCGGCGCAGAGCUCGUCGCGGCAGGGCGUGGUCGACAUCGAGCUCGGGGACGGCAGGUGCGCCGCCAUCGCCGCGGGGCUCGACGAUGCCGUCCUGGCCGCGUGCCCGACGACGGUGUACUCCACGUCGAUCCAGCAUCAUCUGGCGGCGGCUACCGGUGAGCGGACGGCAAAGGAGGAGGAGCGCGGGUGCGCGGUGUGCCUGGCGGAGUACGCAGACGGCGACGAGCUGCGGGUGCUCCCCGGCUGCGCGCACGCGUUCCAUCGGCGGUGCGUCGACCAGUGGCUCCGGCAGCGGUCCAGCUGCCCGCUGUGCCGCACGUCGCCUCAGAGCACCACCAGUGCAUGCUAACCGUCACAGCGUCAGCAUGCCGAUCGAGGUAGCCUGUCGCUAGUCGGGACCGUUCGUUCCGGCCGUAUAGCGGCAAGAUGUGUCGUACUCAAUGCCUCGCAUGGGUGCCGGAAGAUGUAUAGAUGUUCCGUAUGGAGCCGCCAUGUAGAUAGGGCGGAGUACGUAGCCAAGCUAGGUUGGUCGUCAUGGCCAUGUGACCAUGACUCUCUCUCUCUAUGAAGACACAGCAAAAUUUAGAAGCUAGCUCGGACAUCCGUUCCUCGAUUGAAGUGCAGAAGCUUUGUGAGUUUGGUACGUACUCUAUCUAACCGCCUGUCAAAAGGCUAAGGCAGUGCCUAGAAAUUAUUUUGUUUUUUUAGGAAGAAAGUAUUAUGAUUUUUUUAGUAAUCUUGCAUGCUUUAUUGAAUCAAAGUAAUGCUCAUAGGUACAAGAGUUGGGUCAUGAGGAUUGCCCAA